AUGCCGCUUACUCCAUAUCACUUCCACAGUGAAGCUAAGAAGAACCCAACGCGCGGCGGGUCCGCUCAGAUAACUCUGGGCGGGCAACGGCUUCGGCCACCGUCGGGCAACCCGUGGCGGAGAGGAUAUCUCCGGCAGCGAGCGGCCAACACUGGGGUACCGCCCGCCCCCCCAGAUGUAUCAGGGUUACCCGGGUACAGAGGGCACUGCCCGGGUGGACCGUUUAUAUCCCUCCUAAUCGUGGGAACAAAAAUUAAAAUGUCUAAAAAAGCAGUUGUGGAGUUAGUAGACUUAAAACAUUUAAAGAAGCGGACCGAAUUUACAGACGACAUUGGCGACGAAAGUGGAUAUGAUUGCGCGCGAUCUGGAGAAGAGAAGGCUCAGCCUGCGGAUACCACCAAUCCGGAGGCGGCCCUCUCUUCUGUUGUUGAAAGUGGUAGCUGCUCUGUUGCGGCUGCAACGCCCCGGAAGGGGAUAGGGAAGCGUGGGUUAGUGAAAGACCCAGAACCACUGUGUCCUAGCGGCAAGGAUCAGGGGUUGAAGGUUCAGGCACCCAGUACAUGCAGAGGUAUGGCUGGAGGAAGCCUGGAGAAAGGGGAGAAAGACCUGAAAAGGCCAGGGGAAAGGACGGUGGUGCUCAUGUCGGAGUCAGAAUCUGACUGCUCCGGGAUGGACACUGCCGUCUCCUUCUCUGAUGGAGGAUUCGUCGCUGGCGAUAGGCGGCGUAAAAAGAGAAGUGCCCCGGAGGCGGAUAGCAGUGGCGAGUCGUGUGCUAGCUCUGUUAUCACCCCUAAGAGCACUGCCAAGCGAGGCAGAGGCAGACCGCCCACCACUGGGCACUACGUCGGUCUCGCAAAGGCCAAGGAGGCUCUGGUCAGCGCCCAACGAGCUGAACUGGAAUUGCAGGAUGAGACAGAGGUCCUUCAAUCGACCAGAGAGCUCGCAACUGUGCCCGCGGACUCUCUCGAGAAAAGGGUGGAGAGCGGCGUCAAAGUCAUCUUGGAGGUCGCUCGAAGAUCUAAGAACCUUAAGGGCACGUUCGUCAGUGCCCUUAAGAAAGCUGCCACGCAGAUCGAGCAAGCCGUGGCAGCAUUGUCAGAGAGGACCUGUGACGAGGAGGUGAAGGUUCUGCGCUCCGAAAACGCAGAGCUACGCAGAAGGGUGGAAAGUCUCGGCGAAGAGAUGUUCAAGCUCCGUGAGGACCUUGGACGUCUCUCCGCGGAGCGUUCACGCUCCGUUACGUGCGUUCCGCAACCGGAGGAAGGGAGUAUGGCGGAUCAGCGGUCAGCCAUAUUGAGUGAUAUCGAUCACAUGAUCGAUAUCAAGCUGGCCAGGCUGGAAAGCCGCCUGCUCCCACCGUCGGCGUUCCGUCCGCCCCUGCAAGCGGACCUGAACAAGCUUGCUCCGCAGGCAAGUGGAGCCAAAGCCCCAACUGCCAAUGCAGUCAAAGCCUCAACUGCCAAGGCAGCCAAAGCUCCGACUGCAAAGGCAGCCAAAAAGGCAGCGAACACGGCUGACCCUCCCACCCCAACGCCCACACGCGGCAAAGCGACCCCUUCACAGGGAACGCAGCCACCAGUGGAGACGUGGAGCGAGGUGGUGCGGAAGGGCAAGAAGGGCAAGAAGGCGCGCAAAUCCGAAGCCGCACCCACAGCCCAGACUACUCCCAGCCAGCCUCCGGCGAGCCAUGUAGGCACUACAAGGCCGCGCGGAAAGGCAAGGCCGAGUGAGGUGAGAGGCAAUGGGAAGGCUAAGGCUCUCUUGCGCCCUCCAAGAUUCGCGGCGGUUACCCUGACCUUACGGCCAGAAGCAAGUGAGGAGGGCAUGACAUAUGCCAAAGUCCUCACAAAGGCGAGACUAGAGGUGGAUCUCAAACAGCUUGGCAUCGAGGGUCUCCACUUCAGAAAGGCUGCCACAGGAGCUCGGGUCCUUGAAAUCCCCGGAAAGGAGAGUGGGGACAAGGCCGAGCUCCUCGCAGCGAAGCUGCGAGAGGUCCUCCCGGAGACGGUAAGGGUGGCUCGCCCUAUGAGAUGCGCUGAUGUGCUCAUCUCGGGGUUGGAUGACUCUGCCUCAGCGGAGAGUAUCACGGCUGCAGUGGUAGAGGCCGGGAAAUGCUCUGCUGAGCACGUCAGAGUCGGGCCUAUAAGAGUCGGGGUAUUUGGCGUGGGCAGCGCGCUCGUAGAGUGCCCUGUUGAAGCGGCCAAGAUGCUGGUGGACAGUGGACGACUCCUAGUCGGAUGGAGCGCAGCCCGAGUGCGAGCACUGGGGCCUAGGCCAAUGAAGUGUUAUAGAUGCUUCGAAAUUGGGCAUACUGGGCUCCAGUGCCAAUCUCCAGUAGACCGCAGCCGGAACUGCUUCCGAUGCGGACAGGAGGGACACAUGUCGUCGACAUGUACCGGCGACCUCCACUGCCCCAUUUGCAGGGCUGCAGGGAAACCUGCAAACCAUGCAACUGGGGGUCGGAAGUGCGCUCGGCCGAAGCGUGGCAAGAAAGGGACUGCCAGGACCCCAGCCCCUAGCCAAAUCUCGAGGGAGCCGCCACAGGAGGACUUGGUCAUGCAAACCAUGUUGCAGAGGUCCAUCGACGUAUUGGUCAUCACGGAGCCAUACUACGUGUCUCCCCAGCCCAACUGGGCUGGUGACCCGCGGAACUCCGUGACGAUCACUGUGGCGACCGGUCCGGGCUCCUUGCCCCUAUCUGUCCGGGAUAGAGAAGUCGGAUUUGUCUCCGCCUAUUGGGGCGACAAUCUGAUCUUCGGGGUUUACUUCUCUCCCAAUGCUCCUUUGGCUGAGUACCAGUUGUUCCUGGAUCGCCUGGGAACUGCUGUCAGGAGAACGACUCAGUCCAAAGUGAUUGUACUUGGCGACUUCAAUGCCCAUAGUACAGCAUGGGGAUCCCCGGAGACAGAUGACCGCGGUGAGGCGGUAGAGGAGUGGGCGGCAUUGUGCGGUCUUGUGCUGCUCAAUUGUGGCUCAACCGACACGUGGGUGCGACGGCAGAGCGGGUCCAUAGUGGACUUAACGUUCGCUAGCCCUGCCCUAGCAUCGCGCGUGUCGAACUGGCGGGUUCUGGAUGAUGUGGAGACACUCUCGGACCACCGCUACGUUACGUUCGAGGUCUCCACCUCAUCCGGGGAUAACAUCUCCCGGCGGGAAGACAGACCAUCGGUUUUCCCGAGGUGGUCACUCGUGCGCCUCAACGAGGAGCUGCUGGAGGAGGCUGCGAUUGUCCAGGCAUGGACCAUGCAGCCCGUAGAUCCGGCAGAGGUACACGAGGGAGCCCUCAAAUUCAGAGAGGCCCUGACACGGAUGUGCGACGCGGCUAUGCCUCGAGCCAAGAGGCGGCCCCCAAGGCGAGCGGUAUACUGGUGGACUCAAGAUAUAGCUGAUCUGCGCGAAGCUUGCGUUGCGGCGCGUCGAGAGUUCACCAGAUACCGAAGACUGCAGAGUCGCAGCGAAGAAAGGGAGGACCUGCUGCAUAACAUCUACAGCCAGUCCAAAAAGUCCCUUCAACUGGCCAUCAGCAGGUCCAAAACCCUCUCCAGGCAGGAGAUGCUGGAGGAUCUUAACAGGGAUCCGUGGGGACGUCCGUACCGUGCGGCGAGAUGCAAAUUUCGCCCACAGGCGCCCCCGAUCACGGAAACCCUGCAGCCUCAACUGUUGGAGGAUGUAGUGACGGGUCUGUUCCCGGACAGCUCCGAUCACACCCCACCAACCAUGGCGGAUUCCCUAGAGGAAGAGGCCGAAGAGAUCCCUCCACUGAGGUCGCUGGAGGUUCGCGCUGCUGCGAUGAGGUUACGGGCCAAAAACACCGCGCCCGGACCUGAUGGAGUCCCGGGUCGGGUUCUGGCAUUGUCGUUAGACAAGUUGGGGGCUCACCUAGCCGAGCUUCUCGACGCCUGUUUGGCGACGAGCCAGUUCCCGACGUGUUGGAAGGAGGGUCGGUUAGUCCUUCUCAAGAAGGAUGGGCGCCCUGCGGAGACACCUUCUGCAUACCGCCCCAUAGUGCUAUUGGAUGAUACGGGAAAGCUCUUCGAGCGUAUCAUUGCCUCCCGUAUCACCCAGCACCUAACCAACAUUGGCCCUAACCUGUCGGACAACCAGUUCGGAUUCCGAGUGAGCCGAUCGACGAUCGACGCGAUCACACGCGUCAAGGCUCUCUCGGAAGAAGCGGUCGACUCUGGCGGCGUGUUGUUGGCGGUGUCUCUGGACAUCGCCAACGCUUUUAAUUCGCUGCCAUUUGGGAGUAUUCUGGAGGCGAUCCGAUUCCACCGGCUUCCCCAAUACCUACGGAGGCUGAUUGCAGUCUACCUGCACAACAGAGUGGUAUUGUAUACAGGACAGGAUGGCUCUCUACAUCGACGGGCUGUCGGAUGCGGUGUUCCACAGGGGUCGGUCCUAGGUCCACUUCUGUGGAACAUCGGGUUUGAUUGGACCCUGCGGGGUGAUCUUCCCCCAGGCCUUAGCGUUGUCUGCUAUGCAGACGACACCUUGGUCACGGCACGAGGGGAAAAUUAUGAGGAGGCGGCUGCGCUAGCUUCAGCUGGCGUCCAACAAGUGGUGGAACGGAUCGAGUCGUUGGGCCUAAAGGUGGCCCUCAACAAAACUGAGGCUCUGUGCUUUCACGGUCCUCGGAGGGGGCCACCCGCAGGUGCCAGCAUCGUGAUUGGCGGUUGCCGGGUCGAGGUAAAGUCUCAGAUGAAAUAUCUGGGGCUUUACCUUGAUCCGAAGUGGAACUUCCGAGAGCAUUUUCGGAGAUUAGCUCCUAAACUAAUCAGUGCCGCAUCUGCUCUCGGAAGGUUACUGCCGAACUUGGGAGGCCCGAGCGUCACCUGCCGUCGCCUGUACACGGGCGUAGUUCGGUCCAUGGCGCUCUAUGGUGCACCGGUGUGGGUCGGGGCUCUGACUGGCCCGAACAAGACCAUGCUGUUUCGUGCGCAGCGGGUCAUGGCGGUCAGAGUCGCCCGAGGAUACCGCACAAUUUCACACGAGGCGGCCUGUGUCCUCGCGGGCACACCUCCGUGGGACCUAGACGCCGAAGUUCUUGCGGAGGUCUACGAGAGAUGCGCGGUGGCUAAAGCGCAGGGAGAUGGUCCAGAUCCCGAAGACCUGGCCCGUUGGAGGAAGCGCGCUCAACGCAAUCUGCUGCGAAGGUGGAGGCAGCGAUUGGAAGAGCCGUGCGCUGGCUUGCGGACCGUGGCGGCUGUUCGCCCAGUCCUGAAGGAGUGGGUGAACCGACGCCACGGCUCGCUCACCUUUAGGCUGGUGCAGAUCCUGUCGGGGCAUGGCAGCUUCGGCAGGUAUCUGUGCCACAUAGCCGGCAGGGAGCCGUUGGCAGUGUGUCACCACUGCGCUUGCAGUGACGACACCGCCGACCAUACACUGGGGGUCUGUCCAGCAUGGGCGCAACAGCGAGCGGUGCUCGCCUCAGUGGUUGGGAACGACCUCUCGCUGCCAGCCGUGGUCAACGCCAUGGUUGGCAGCAAGAGAGCGUGGGAGGCGAUGGUCUCCUUCUGUGAGGACGUGGUGGCACAGAAGGAGGCUGCCGAACGGACCCGAGAGGACGACCCCCUCUCGGAUCCUAUCCGACGAAGGCGUACUGGGCGGAGAAGGGGGGUAUUUGCUCGCCAACUCUUGCCUAGUUAG